GGCCCGUGGUGCCGGGCCUGCGGUGCCGGGGAUGGCGGACGGCAGCGCGGGAGGGGAGCCCACAUCGCCGGGGCCCCCCGCGGGGCUCUCGGCGUCCCAGCGCCGCGCAGAGCUGCGCCGCAGGAAGCUGCUCAUGAACUCGGAGGAGCGGAUCAACCGCAUCAUGGGCUUCCACCGGCCCGCGGCGGGCAAGGAUGAUGAAAGUCACACAGAAUUAAAGCUUCAGCACGAGCAAGAUAAAUCAAACUCCCUUCCCAUUCCUUCAGUUUCCAAGCGGGUUGUGCUUGGUGAUUCCAUGUGCAAUGUGACAGGCUCGACCGACCACGCAGGCAGCAUGGCAGAGCUCAGAGGGGACAAGGACUUGUUUGCUAAAGCCCCAGAGCUGGUCACCGAGGGGACAGGCGAGCUCCGGCAGCGUCACAGGGGAGAGCUGCCCUCCGAGGCUGCAGCACGGCCACCCAGACACGGCUUGGAGCAGUACCUGUCCAGGUUUGAUGAGGCUCUGAAGCUGAGGAACCAGCUGAUGAGCGAGAAGCCGAGCCAGGAGAACGGGAGCGCGGCGGAGGAGUUUGACUCUUUCCGCAUUUUCAGAUUGGUGGGGUGUGCUCUGCUCGCCGUCGCAGUCAGGGCUUUUGUGUGCAAGUACCUGUCGAUAUUUGCACCAUUUCUUACUCUACAACUUGCUUACAUGGGGCUGUCCAAGUACUUUCCAAAGUGUGAGAAGAAGGUGAAAACGACAGUACUGACUGCUGCUCUUCUCCUCUCUGGAAUCCCUGCAGAAGUGAUCAGUCGCUCCAUGGACACCUACAGCAAAAUGGGAGAUGUUUUCACAGACCUUUGUGUCUAUUUCUUUACUUUUAUCUUUUGCCAUGAACUUACUUUGGUUUUUGGCUCUGAAGCACCAUGACGGCUGUAGAAUUCCACACAGUAGCUACACUAAAGCUUUCUGGACUGUGUUCCUUUUAACAUUUGACUGUGCAGGCAGGUCUAAACCUUCAUUAAAAUUCUUAGCUUUGGAAUGCUUGAAAGGGACCUUAAAUCCAGUAAUUUUGGGAAAGGGAGAGCAGGGUCCCUCACUGCCAGUUGUGUUGGUUCAGUUUAUUUAAAUACUGUGUCUGCAUAUUACAAAUGUGAAGGUUAGGAUGCAAGUGACAGUGGAUGAUUUAUUUGUUUUAGUUAGAUGAUGCCCUUCUCAGCCUCCUUCAUAAACAUUUACAAAGCUGCCUUUGUUCUUUUCAGUGAGAACAGGAAGAGAAUUCCCUUCAGCAGAACCAUAUAUAUGUGUAUAUCCUGUAUGACUAUAGCUAACAAGACCUGCUCAUUUUGUGGUGCUCCCAUGUUUUAAAGAAAGCUCUAAAGAAAAGAAAUCCCUGUAUUCUCUUCACGUGUUCGAGUUCAGAAUGUUGAACCAAGUAGCUGCCUCUGGAGAAUGUUGGUGAAACUUGCCACUUUGUUGUCCUUAUCCUUGCCUUGCCAUUCAUUACUUGUUGUGAUUGUGAUUAAUUUAAUUUGAUGAUUGUUGUGAAAAAGAGCUAGGCAAAACCAACAGCAAGAAGGUCCUGGUGCUUACAAAGGUCAUUAAUCAAAAAGUAAGAAGAAAGAGAACUAAUCACAUCGUUCAUGAGUUUCCAGCAACCUAAUCCUAGUGCAGCUCACACCUGUCCGUUUUGAUACUUUUUUUUUAUAUUAACAGUUAUCUCAUGAGAAUUUUACAUAUUGGCACCCAACCUGCAGUAUCAAAUGUUUGCUCUAGUGUUUAUAAAACUUACAAGAGAAACAGUUUUGUUUUCAAAAAAAAACCCCUUUGUUUUGUCUUAGAAAUUUUGCACAGUGGGAGGAAGUGUCAUUCCAAAUAGUCAAACACUGAUAAAUCUCUGAAAAUCUCUAUUGAAGCUAAAUUUGGUAGUGUUUUCAGCUUGUAGUUUUCUAUUUAAAAUCUGGACUUUCAGGUAGUAUAGGCUGUUGCCUAUUUUUAGCAUAGUAACCACAUAUUUAACUUGGUAUUUUCCUGCAGAGGUUUUUUUAGGGAGCAGAUGUGUUUAACUGUACCUCUCUAAAUGGCCCAGCUUUCAGCUGAUUAUUCUCUCUUAAUGCUUCCUCCUGUAAUUUUAGUGAUGCAUUUCUGACUUUUAAAUGAGAUAGAUGUUUGUGGCCUCAAUACAAGAGCUUUAUGUUUUGAUUUGACCAUUUUCAUGGUUUUUUUUAACUGGUUCUGUUACGGUGAGUAUUAUAUUACAGAUGUACAGGGCUGGGUUGCAGAAAGUUCUGACUUAGGUCUAUUAGCACAGAUAUUGAUUCAGCAGAUUUAAAUUUAUUUAUAUUAGAUAGUCAUUUCAGAAAAUUGAAAUUACAGUAAUUUAAGAUAAGGUUGAGAUAUGUAAAUAAUGAGUUUGCUCAAAAAUUACUUGUGCUGAUUCUCUAUUUAUAUGCCCAAAUGUAGUACAAAUAAAUUGGAAAAAAUCCCUAUACCAGUACCUGCAAAAAGCUAUGAAUUUUUAAUGCUUACCAUUAAUCAGGUAAAUAGCCUUGCAUGGGUAGAGCACCAGGAGGGAUGCUAAGAAAUCGAAGAAAUCUCGAUGAAGAAAUGCCGAUCAAGAAACGACCUUUGACCAAGAAACCAAUUUCUUUUAUUCCUUUUUAACGUACCUCUGUUGUUGUACAUAGUCCUGUUUCAUGUUUGUUGCCGAUGUUUUCUAUUAAAAGCCUGUUUGUUACCCGC